CGUAGAUCUGGGGGGUUUAUAUAUGAUAAUUAGGAUGACCCAUGUCUUGCAAUAUUUGAGCACCCGUCAUUCCUCUGUUUAUGUUCACUUUUUUAAGCCACCAGCCCUAAUGCUACUGGACGGGUAUGAAGCUCACAUCUGGGGCAGUCUGCUCGUUAGCACUCGCUGCUGGAGUGUUUGGCGCUGACAGACUUGAACUCUUCAAGAGUUUACCCCGUUGUACUACCUCAUGUCUUGAACAGUACGGUAACUCAGGUUUCGAAGCCGCUGAUAUAUGCAACGACAGAAAUGUCAAGCAGGAACUCGAUAAGUGCUUCGCAUACGAAUGCCGCGAUUUCGAAAGAUUCGAAAUUGCAAAGAUCUAUGCCAAUGCCUGUGACACCAAGCCAAAAGACAACCGGCAUAACCACUAUGUUCUGUUAGUUGCAGAGAUACCAGCAUGGAUCUCUCCUUGGCUUCGACUGUACUCGAGCUGGGCUACUUAUGAGGGUCUUUCUCUGGAUGACUAUGUAAUGGUAGUUUGUGGAUUGUUGUACACUGUCUUUGCAACUCUGAUUCACUUUGCCCACUCCGUGACAGGAGAUACAAUUUUAUGGAAUGCAGUUCCAGAAUACAUUAUAGACGGAUUGAAGCUUGUUUUCAUGGCCGACAUCUUUGAGCUUGCCUGCUCGUGUCUAUUAAGAGUCGCGGUCCUUCUCGUAUGCCUACGCACAUCAUUUUCUGGCCGAUACAUAAUGAUUACAGCUGCGACUCUUUUAAUAACAAUUCUCUCUUCGAUUGCUCUGGCCUUGCUGAGGGUAUUCCGAUGUUCACCAAUUGCAUUCGCUUGGGAAGGUUGGGAACCAAACGGGAGAGAUGAGGAAACAGGAGGUUGCUUGCCUCAGGACUCACUGGCAUAUGCGGCUUCCUCGAUUGAUAUAUUCCUAAACCUGGUUCUUCUUGCUAUGCUUUCUCACCUGAUCUUCAGUCGAGUUGCGAACAGUACAAUAUCUUGGUUGCAAAAAGCUAUCGCAAUUGCAUUGGGAGCAUUCGCUCUGGCUGUAUCCAGUUUUCGACUGCACCUUCUGGUCAAUUUCUUCACGACGAUGCAGCCUGUUUGGAGGUAUCACGAAAGAAUUGUUUGGACGGAUGUCGAAGUUUCGAUCUUGAUGAUAUGGGCAUGCCUGCCUAUCUGGCAGUCCUUCACAGACCCAACGCCCCCGAGAGACACGGAAGAUACACCCCAACUUCCGCAGAUAAUAGAAGAGGCCAAUAUGCCGGAAACACCGUCAACAAAUACGAAGAUGCCGAGGCCAAACAUAUGCCAGAGGGGGCUGUUCGGGAUCUUGGCAAGGGGACGGCCAAAGAAACUAGUCGAGUCGAACUUACACUUGGGAGAUAAAACUUACGGAAACGUCAGAACGGAAAUUCAAGGAGGCCAGAGAUUCUCUAUGAUCUCCCAAUUGACGGGCAUGAUUGGUAUUCAGGUCAGAACGAGGACGAUUAGGCAUGUGGACGACAGUGGAUGGGAUGCAGAGAAGGGAUCAGCACGAGAGAAUAUAGAGCCCACCUAACGAUUAACGAACUUAGAAAUCAAUAAUGAAGUAGUAAUCCUUGAUCAAACACAUUUUGAACAUACUGUAGUUUCGUGC